AUGGACUCGUACCUGAUCCAAGUGAAUGGCCAUGGAGAUCAUGCCCCUGUGCUAGAUGUUCAUCUCAAGAACACUGGGAACACCAUAUCACCAGGGAAGGUGAAAGGUCGGAAGCCAAGAUGGGCUGUCAGGGCUUCUGAAAUGUCAAAGAAGACUUUCAAUCCCAUCCGAGCUAUUGUAGACAGCAUGAAGGUGGAACCCAACCCAAAGAAAGCCAUGAUCUCCUUAUCCUUAGGAGACCCGACGGUCUUUGGAAACCUUCCCACAAAUGAUGAGGUCACACGGGCUGUGAAGGAGGUUUUGGACUCAGGACAGUACAAUGGUUAUGCUCCAUCUGUUGGCUAUCAUUCCUGCCGGGAAGCUGUGGCUGCAUACUACACCUGCCCGGAGGCACCGCUGAAGGCCCAGGAUGUCAUCUUAACAAGUGGCUGCAGCCAGGCCAUAGAGCUUGCCUUGGCAGUGCUGGCCAACCCAGGCCAGAACAUUCUGGUGCCACGGCCUGGCUUCUCCCUCUACAAGACUCUGGCAUUGUCUUUGGGGAUAGAGGUCAAACUCUAUAAUCUCUUGCCAGAGAAGGCCUGGGAAAUUGAUUUGGAGCACUUGGAGUCUUUGGUGGAUGAGAAAACAGCUUGCCUCAUUGUGAACAACCCAUCAAACCCCUGUGGCUCUGUGUUCAGCAAGAGCCACCUCCAGGAGAUCCUGGCAGUGGCAUCAAGACAGUGUGUGCCCAUCCUGGCUGAUGAGAUCUACGGAGACAUGGUAUUCGCUGACUGCAAGUAUGAACCCAUUGCAAGUCUCAGCACCAACGUGCCAGUCUUGUCCUGCGGUGGCUUGGCAAAGCGAUGGCUAGUCCCUGGCUGGCGGAUGGGCUGGAUCCUAAUUCAUGACAGGAGAGACAUCUUUGGUAAUGAGAUCAGAGACGGCCUUGUGAGACUGAGUCAGAGGAUCCUAGGACCCUGUACAAUUGUCCAAGGAGCUCUGGAGCGUAUCUUGCACCGAACACCACCUGAGUUCUAUCACAACACCCUAAGCAUCCUCAAGUCUAAUGCUGACCUUUGUUAUGCUGCCUUAUCAGCUAUCCCUGGCCUUCAGCCUGUCAGGCCUGCUGGAGCCAUGUACCUGAUGGUUGAGAUAGAGAUGGAGCAUUUUCCGGAGUUUGAAAAUGAUGUGGAGUUCACUGAGCGACUCAUCUCGGAGCAGUCUGUGUUCUGCUUGCCAGCCACGUGCUUUGAGUACCCAAACUUCUUCCGCGUAGUGACCACCGUGCCCGAGGAGAUGAUCUUGGAGGCCUGCAGUCGCAUUCAGGAAUUCUGUGAGAUGCACUACCAGGGUGCUGAGGGGGCCCAGGAUCUGGAGUGUGACAAGUAG